UAUUAAUUAAAAUCCCCACUUUCUCCAUUUUCGAUUCUCUCUAUAGUCUAUAACCAAACCCAAAAAACCGAUCGAAAGGAACCAAAGGAUCCUUGUCAUAGCCGCCCCCUUUUCUCCUUAAGGGGAUGUGACAGAGAGGGUGACUGAGAGUUUUAGAGAGAGAACCACUUUCCCCAUUAUUGUAUUGUUUUCCAUCUCAAUUAAACUCUAUCCGGUUGUUCUUUCUGGUGGAUUAGGUUCCAUUAAAGAGCUACCAAACUCUGUUUUCCCCUCCCCCUCUCUUGCUAUCCUUCUUCCUCCUCCUCCUCAAAAGCUUCUCAAAAACCUCGGGAAGCAAGAAAGAAAAUCCAAAACUCAAAGGGUUCAUAGAUAGUUUGAUGAUGGAGAUGAUGUAUUUGCAGUUGGGAAGGUCUUCUUACCAGGAUUCCCUCAAAGUCCUAGAGGCUGAUAUCCAGCAUGCUAAUUCCUUGGCUGCUGAAAUCCCUAGGGGGAAAGGUGGUUCCCAUCUUCAGAUGAAACUUGUCUACAACCAGUGGGCUCCGCUUUUCUUGUACUUGCUUCAGACAUUAGAAAGCUCUUGCAUUUAUCUACUCCCUAGAUACCUUAAUCUCUUCCAUGUCCUUGUAUAUAAGGUGAAUGAUGACGGUAGACCGCGAAUAACGACUCAUGGAAGGAAAGCAACCAUAAAGGAGUUCUAUGGUGUUAUCUUGCCUUCCCUUCAGAGGCUGCACAGCAGCUUGGAUGAAAUGGAACUGGAAGGCUUUUCGACCAUUGAUAGUUUGAGAAUAAAAAAUGUGGAUGGAGAUCAUCACGAUAAGCUUAUCAGCAUCGAUUUGGAAAGGGAAGAUGAAUGUGGCAUCUGCUUGGAGCCUUGCACCAAGAUGGUGUUGCCUAAUUGUUGCCACGCAAUGUGCAUCAAAUGCUACCAGAAUUGGAACACAAGGUCAGAGUCAUGUCCAUUCUGCCGAGGCAGCUUGAAGAGAGUGAACUCGGAAGACCUAUGGGUGCUCACUUGCAAGAACGACGUGGUCGAUACAAAACAGAUUACAAGGGAAGACCUCUUGAGGUUCCACCUCUACAUCAACAGCCUGCCGAAGGAUUAUCCAGACGCUCUCUUCUUAGUGUACUACGAGUAUCUAUUCUGAAUUCCAGAAUCGGAACCCAGCGAGAGUGAUCCAGUGGUGUACAGAGAGGGAUAGCCAAUGCCGACCAAGAUCAAGUGUAAAUAGUCUGGUAAGUGCAGCUAGCCAUGUCUCUCUCCCAACAUUCUCCGGGAGCAGGCCAUCGUCAUUUGGAGAAACAACUCUAUAUCUUCCUUUCAUGAGUUUCGUAUCAAGACCCCUCAUUUGGGGAAGGCGGACUGUGCUUCGAAGACUGGAGCAUGAUUUGCUGGUUCCUGCUAGAAACAAGAACGAAAUGCGCUACAAAGAAAACCAUAAAUCUUUUAUGUUAUGUAAGCUGUUGAGAAUUGAGAACUGCUUUGUGGCUUUUGUUUCUCACUUGUAAUCGCGAAAAUUUACUUCCUGAUUCCCUUAUCAUUAGCCUGCAUUUGGCAUCUUACAAUAAGAAAAAAGUACGAGUUUUUCGAGUUGGGAUUCUCAUCUGACUAGUGUUUUUCCGGUGGUGGCUGCGGAUAUGUAAUGGUCCAUAAUCUCCAUAUGCUUGGUACAUAAGCGGAGCUGUGAUGCUGAUGAACUUCUGCAGUUUGGUAUUGAUAAAGAUAAUUAAGGUUUGUGUAUUGGGUAGGAAUUACUCCAUUCCUGUAUCAACUUAUGAGAGAAAUUACUCCAGAACUUCUGCAGUUUGGAACUCUGUCU